AAAAAAUGAAUUAUGGUAGAAAUGAAUAAGUGAACACAACACAACCAUAUCUGCAAAUUAAACAGUGUAGAAGAAGCAGAUGGAAAGGAGUAGAAACAGAGCAAGAGAAGAAGACGAUGACAACGACUCCGAAACUGAUGAACAGCGCUACAGCAUCGAAGAUCUCGACGACUCCUCCAAAUCGUGGAGAAACAAGCAUCCUUUCAACCUUCUCAGAAACUACUCCUCACAAGCUUCCUUCAACUUCCGCCAUUCUCAAUCGCAUGGAUUCAUCAUCCGUCCCGAUAACAGGUGGUACGUUGCUUGGUCACAUUUCAUCCUGAUAUGGGCAAUCUACUCCUCCUUCUUCACCCCGCUCGAAUUCGCCUUCUUCCGAGGCCUGCCGGAGAAUCUCUUCCUUCUCGACGUCGCCGGCCAGUUCACCUUCUUCCUCGACAUCUGGAUCUCCUUUUUCGUCGCCUACACCGAUCCACACUCUUACUGCCUCGUCUACCACCGCCACCUCAUCGCCCUCCGCUACCUCAAAUCUCGAUUUCUCAUCGAUCUUCUCGGAUGCUUGCCCUGGGAUGUUAUCUACAGAAGCUGUGGAAGAAAGGAGGUGGUGAGGUAUAUGCUGUGGAUCCGGCUGAGCAGAGCAGUUAGGGUUACAGAUUUCUUCGAGAAACUGGAGAAGGACACGCGCAUCAACUACCUCUUCACACGAAUCGUGAAGCUUUUCGUGGUUGAAUUAUACUGCACGCACACCGCCGCUUGCAUAUUCUACUAUCUGGCGACGACUCUUCCUCCGUCGGAGGAAGGCCACACCUGGAUCGGCAGCUUGCAGUUAGGCGACUACAGCUAUGCAGACUUCCGCCACAUUGAUCUCUGGACUCGUUACAUAACCGCCUUGUAUUUUGCCGUCGUCACCAUGGCUACCGUUGGUUAUGGUGAGAUCCAUGCUGUGAACACGAGGGAGAUGAUAUUUGUGAUGUUGUAUGUGUCGCUCGACAUGAUCCUAGGGGCUUACUUGCUCGGAAACAUGACAGCAUUGAUCGUGAAAGGGUCUAAAACAGAGAGGUUCAGAGAUAAGAUGGCAGAGCUUAUAAAAUAUAUGAACAGAAACAAGUUAGGUAAGAGCAUAGGCAAGGAGAUCAAGGGACAUGUCCGGUUGCAGUACGAGAGCAGUUACAGCGACGCUUCUGCUCUUCAGGAUCUCCCACUUGCUCUAAGAGCUAAGAUUUCGAACAAGCUGUAUGAACCCAACAUCAGACAAGUUCCUCUGUUUAAUGGUUGCUCGGAUGGAUUCAUCAAGAAAAUAGCGAUCAAAGUGCACGAAGAGUUCUUUCUUCCGGGAGAAGUGAUAGUCGAAGAGGGAACCACCAGUGAUCAGCUCUAUUUCCUUUGUAAUGGCAAACUGGAACAAGUGAGAAAUCAGGAAGAAGAAGGUUCUGUUCCGGCCACCAUACCGGUUAACAGUUCAAUAGGUGACAUCUCUGUUGUGUGCAGCAUCCCAGAGGCGAGGACUGUACGUGCAUCAGAGCUGUCUAGGUUGCUGCGUGUGGACAAGCAAUCUCUCAUACAAGUCAUCGAGAUACACUUUGCCGAUGGGCGUGUUAUCAUCGAUAACUUGCUUCACGGAAGAGAGCAUCAUCUCCGGAAGAAGAUACUGGAAUCUGCCAUGGCCGUGCAGAUUGAGAGAUGUGAAUCUGAGCUGGCCAUGAGGUUGAACUGUGCAGCUAACGACGGUGAUCUGCAUCGUUUGCGCCAUUUGGUUGAAGCCGGGGCAGAUCCUAACAAAACAGACUAUCAUGGACAAUCACCUUUGCAUCGUGCUGCUGCCAUGGGAUACGAAGACAUCGUUCAGUUCCUCAUCCAGAUUGACGCCAACAUAAAUCUCCGUGAUAAUUGUGGAAAGACCCCGUUGUUUGAGGCGAUCAAGAACGGGCAUGAUGGUGUGGCGUCUCUGCUGGAAGAAGCGGGGGCUGCACUGGAGGUGGAGAGGCCUGGGAUUUGUCUGUGCGAGGCUGUUGCUAGAAAUGAGUUGGAUUUUGUUACAAGGCUUUUGGGAAAUGGAACAAAUCCCAACUCCAAGAAUUAUAAUCUUCAGACACCUCUGCACCUGGCUGCUGCAGAGGGCUUGUUUCAAGUCUCUGUUGUGCUCUUGCAAAAUGGAGCCAGCGUCUUCGCAACAGACAGAUGGGGUAGAACUCCAUUAGACGAGGCUCGAGUAGGAGGAGAUCAUAAACUAGUUCAAUUGUUGGAAGAUGCAAAACGUACUCAGAUGACUGAAUUUUCUCCUGCAAUCUGAUAAUAAGAUGUGGGAAUGUGCCAAAAUAUGUGGAUUUAUACAUAAAUCAUUUACUACACAACCUUUAUCACAAUUUCGAGAAAUUAUAGAUGCAAA